AUCGCUUUCCCUUUGCUCAGGCACUCGGGGGAGGAGGUGUUUGCAUUUCUCCGCAGGACCAGCUCGCUUUGCAGAGCAUUGUCUGGCGAUGGCAAAUUCCUUCACGGCCAGAAGCUGGCCCAUCCCCUGAGCAAAGGCAGCCUGGACAUGACCGGCAGGCGAGGGAGGAGGAAUUUGGAUUCCCUUCGGAGGCGCCGACCCCUCCUGCGGCCGGGGGGAGCGCGGCCGCUCGGAGCCAGCGGGGCCGGACCGCUCCCCGCGGCCACUGUCCCCCCGCGGGGAUGCGGCAUCGCCAGCGCCGGGACGGAGCCCUGCUGCAAUGAGAUCUUGAUGUGAAGACCUCAAAAUAUCAGCAGAGCCUGUGCUUCAGCCCUAAUCUCGGUGUUAAUGAACAAAACUUGUGCAAAAUUUGGAGAGAAGAUGGCCAUCAACUGGAAGAUCUGCUUCUUCAGCCUCGUAUUGCUUCCUGUGGUUGCAGCAACCCAUUCCAACUGCAUCAUUAAAAAGGAGCAAGAGACUUGUCUGGAGAAGAUCCGGAGGGCGACGGCCCUGAACCCUCUCAAUGACUCUUCUCCAGGUUGUCCAGGAAUGUGGGACAAUAUCACAUGCUGGAAACCUGCAAGUGUGGGAGAAAUUGUCUUUGUCAAGUGUCCUGCACUCUUCAGAUUUAUCAUCUCUGAAGAUGGUUGGGAAGUGGAUAAUUUGGGGCAAACCCAUGCAGGUGAUUAUGACCUGCUGGAAAGCACAGCCCAGUCUCUCCUAGGGGACAUCAGCAGGAAUUGCACUGAGGAUGGCUGGUCUGAACCUUUCCCUCAUUAUUACGAUGCCUGCGGCUUCGAUGAGAACGAAACAGAGUCUGAUAACCAGGAUUACUACUAUCUCUCAGUGAAGGCUCUGUACACGGUGGGAUACAGCACUUCCCUGGUUUCCCUCACCACUGCCAUGGUCAUCCUGUGUCGCUUCAGGAAGCUUCACUGCACUCGGAAUUUCAUCCACAUGAACCUUUUUGUUUCAUUCAUCCUCCGUGCAAUAUCUGUGUUCAUCAAGGACGGGGUUCUCUAUGCUGAGCAGGAUGGAAACCACUGCUUCAUCUCCACGGUGGAAUGCAAAGCAGUGAUGGUGUUUUUUCACUACUGUGUCAUGUCCAACUACUUCUGGCUCUUCAUCGAGGGGCUGUACCUCUUCACUUUGUUGGUGGAGACCUUCUUCCCAGAGAGGAGAUAUUUCUACUGGUACACAAUCAUUGGCUGGGGUACCCCAACAAUUUGUGUCACUGUCUGGGCAGUGCUGAGGCUCCACUUCGAUGACACUGGCUGCUGGGACAUGAAUGACAACACUGCCUUGUGGUGGGUGAUCAAGGGUCCCGUGGUUGGGUCAAUCAUGAUAAACUUUGUGCUUUUUAUUGGCAUAAUUGUGAUACUUGUGCAGAAACUCCAGUCACCUGACAUCGGGGGCAAUGAAUCCAGCAUUUACUUCAGCUGCGUUCAGAAAUGCUACUGUAAGCCUAAGAGGGCUAACCAGCACUCUUGCAAGAUGUCAGAACUAUCAACCAUUACCCUGAGACUGGCUCGCUCCACCCUGCUGCUGAUCCCUUUGUUUGGAAUUCACUACACGGUGUUUGCCUUUUCUCCUGAGAAUGUCAGUAAGAGGGAGAGGCUGGUGUUUGAAUUGGGACUGGGAUCCUUCCAGGGUUUUGUUGUUGCUGUUCUCUACUGCUUCUUGAAUGGGGAGUUUCUCCCUAAAGGUGCAAUCAGAAAUAAAGAGAAAAUGGAGGAGCUGGAAAGUCAACCGGUAUUUUGCUGUGGAUUUCAAACAUCGCCAUCCUUCUCUAGCGAGCAGCGGAGUGAACGGGGGGACACAACUCUCCAUUCUGAGCAAGAGCAGCUCUCAGAUUCGGAUGUCCAGCAUAAAUGCAGAGAACCUGGCGACAUGAGCAGCUGAGGAGAGCAAGGCAACCAACGAGCAAACCAAAAACCAUCCCUUGAAAAAGAAAAAAAAUGAAAUAAUAGUUUUGGUGGUGGUGCAGGUCUCGCUUCUUUCCCUUUCCCUUUCCCUUUCCCUUUCCCUUUCCCUUUCCCUUUCCCUUUCCCUUUCCCUUUCCCUUUCCCUUUCCCUUUCCCUUUCCCUUUCCCUUUCCCUUUCCCUUUCCCUUUCCCUUUCCCUUUCCCUUUCCCUUUCCCUUUCCCUUUCCCUUCCCUUUCCUUUCAUCUCCCCUCCCCUCCCCUCCCCAGGGGUGAAAAAGCAGAGGAAAAGUGUAAAUAUCUCUUUUUAACAGUCACUGUAAAUACCCAGCUGUACUCAAGGCCAUUAAUGGAGAAUGUUUAAAAGACAAACAAGAGGCCAAACCCACCCACUGAACUAUUCCCAUUUCAGAGCAUCUGCGAGUAAUCCGUGUCCGUCCAAAGUAACAAGUGAUUGCUGUGCCGUUGUGAUCCUUGGUUGCCAAACUGAUCCUACUCUGUGAAUGGAGUCAUUUUUCCACUUGGUUUCCAUUUUGGGUUGGAUUUGCCUAUUUUUGUUCUUCCCUAGUCCGACAUGUCUUAGCCUGUCCCUGUCUUUUGGCACGUGAGUUUCCGCAGUGUUUCUCUUUGGAGUCUUAGGAUGGAGCUGACGUGCUUGGGCUGAUCAAUCCAGCUUGAUUCAGGAGGAUCUCCAGAAAGUUGAGUUCAUGGCUGGAUUCAGACAUCCCCAAUGGAUUUAGAGGAACAGCGGUGCCAACAUGAAACUGCACAUCAGUGCAGGAACUUCAGGCAAGAGCAGUGGGAUCUGCUGUGCUUUCCAUACCCAGGGACACUCCCAGGAAUGCUUUCUGUUCUAGCCAAGCUGUGAAUUUUCUAAAAGGGCCAUGCAGUUGAGAUAUAGCUCUAUUUUUGGCAUCGAUUGAUAGAUUGAUCAUUUGGACUCUUUAUAACACAAAUAACUGUCCCUCCCCUCCCACCUUAAGAGCAAGAGGCAGUUCCAGGGUGGCCUUUCCCUCCAGAUGACCUUAAACCCUCUGCUCCAGUGGCCACACGUGGCAUUGGUGGCUUGGGGCAGUGCUGUCACACAGAGUGCUGUGCCUUUGCAACCUGGUUGACUUCUGAGUGCUGACUCUUCCCUACCAGAGCAAAGAGGCAUGAGAAGGACCUGGGGGGAUCACCCUGGAAAGAAACAAAAAUCACCUGCAUUUGGUGAGGAAAAAACCCAACUAAACUGAACUAGGAUGGCACAGAAGGAAAGGAUAAAGAAUUUGGAUGACUUCCCUCACCUUGCAGUUCUCUCUCUCUCUCUUGGGAUAUUCUGUUUGUUUCACCACCAAUGGUCUUACUGCUUUUCUUGGAGAGGAACUCGGAUGUUCUUUCAACCUUUGCCUUGUAGUUAAAGCCACGACUGCUACAGAUCUACUUCAACCCAAUGUCGAUGAUGUCAAUUCUUAAGAGUCUUUAUACAGCGCAAAAAAAAAGCCCCCAGAGCCAUCCUAGUGCUCCCUUCACCUUGGAUUUAUCAAUUUAUGAACUGAGAAAAAAAAAUAUAUAUAUAUCAAAUAUAUAUAUAUGUGCGUGUACGUGUAUGCAUAUAUUACAAACAAAGAUGAAAAUGGCAUUUUAAAUGUGAAGUUUUGAACUGAAACUAAUAGUAACCAGGAAAUUCAAAAUUCAGGCUUGUUCUUCGGUGUUAGUUGACAUGAUCAUAAACUAAAAACAGAAAAAAAAAGUGAAAUACUUGGAAUUUUAGUGUCAGCUGAGUGUGAGCUUUUAAUUUCACUGGUUUUUGUUAGUUUAAGUACAAAAGAAAAAAGAGUCUUGAUGUCAUUUUAAGCAGAGAUUUUUAAAGAUAAUCCUAGUUUACCUAUUUUUAAAAGGAGAAAAAAAGAAAGGUCUCAGAAAGUUGUGCAAGAAAUAUUAAUUAUAGUAAUACUUAACACUUACAUAAUCCUUUAUGGGACUAUUCUGCUCUUGGCUGGAGCCAUCUAAAUGAAUGUAAAUUUAAUUCAAAACAGACAGAAAUGUUGCUUGAGGUCAUAUUGGUACAGGAUCAUGCUCUUAAGAGAUAGGGACAGCCCUGUCAUGUGAAAUCUGCCGUGGCACAGAGGACCAGCAAAACUGCUUAAAUCCCUUCCAUUGCACUCCACGUUCAUAAAUGGGAUUUCUAUGAUCCAAACACCUUUUUUCCCCCAAGUAUACAGCACUGAUCUGCUGCUCUGAGAGCAGAAUUUUUUUCCCUCUUCCCAGCUCUCGGUAAAAGUCAAAGUGUUUUUAACUGAUAGAUUGGCUCUUUGUCUUUCUUCAGAUGUUUCUUAAAGCUAUUUUAGAAUGUUUUUCCAGGAAUCAGGUACUUUGCUGCCCAGACAGAGUUGGGGAAGGGCAGAUUUAUCAGGUAAAUUCAUAUUUGGCAAUUUUCUGUAGGAUGGGCUUUCACAAGGAUUAUAUUGCCAACACUGUAAAUGUAUUAUUUAAAAAAGAAAAAAAGGUGUUUUUUGCAUGAAUGGCUAUUUGCCAGUAUUCAACCAUUAACAAAUUAGAAUUGUGGAGAAAAAGAUGUCAAAUAACUGCCUCUAUCUGGAGACUUUUUCUUGUUUCAGCCCAGAGCAAGAAGGUGUUUGGAUUUUUUUUUUUUUUUUCAGUUGUUGAAAUUAUUCUGAGUUUACUUCUGGGUUUUGUUGUUUUCCUGGGCAUCCUAGAGUGAUCUGCAGUUUGAGUUGGUGGAUUUCAGUCCAGUGCCUUGUGGGAAAAUGUCCACAUCACCAAAACCACCCCCUGAGCCUGCCCAGUAGAGACCAGGUCCUCAGCUAAAUUAAAUCAGUACAGAAAACUGCUGUGAUUGUUAGAAUAAACUGCUUGACCUGGACUUGGGAUUUGGCCUCAGCACAUUGUUAUUACCAUUAAUUUCUGGUGGUCCCAGAUAGAGAGUCCGAGGAUGGAAAAGUUGUGAAAAGUUGGAUUUGCUCCUUCAAUCCUUGAGCCAAUGCUCAGGAGUUUGGAGAGCAGUGGAGGGAAAAUUUCUGCUGUUGCAGACAUUGUGUUUCUUGUUCAGUAGAAAAAUUGAAUCUGUUCACCAGCACUGAAUUUACCAGAAGAAAUGGGAUCUUCAACAGAUUAAUUAUAAAAUAUAUUAUACACAAACAAAAAAAAAAAAAAAAAGAAGAAAAACAAAACCUAUUUUGAUUUUAUUUCUCUGAAUAAAAGUGUCGAUGCAUUGGCAGAUUUGGCUUUUCCUGAGUUGCUGGAACUUUCCCAGUGUCCCUGGAAGGGACAGGUCACACUUGAGGUGGACACAGUUAUGGGAUCCAGACUCUGAUGCCAUGGCACCAGUGAGCUCUCCACAAAUCUCUCUGUUGAAUGUAAGCUGCAGGUGCUGGCCAGGCGUGGCCACCCCACAGUGGCUGUUUUUCCAUUUGUUUGAGGAGGGAAGAAUCCAACAGGCAGUUUGCUUCUCUGUGUGUGUAAAUAUCAACUGAGUGUAACAGUGCUUUGUUUGAUUUUUCACUGUGAAAUAUAUUUUGGAGCUAGAAAGGCUGUGUUAUUAAAAACAGUACAUCAUUAAAACAAGCAAACAAAAAAAAGUGUGCAGUGCUCCUUGAGCCAUUUUUUCUACCAUGUCCAUAAUGUAUUUCCUGUCUAAUUUUCUUAUUUUGCUUUUGUAAAUGUACAGAGAACUUUUUGUGCUGCAGGUUUUGUGACUAUUUACUGUAUCUAACCACUGUUUUGAUUAUUGAUUUGUCAGUGUGGAGUGCUGGUAUUGCAGGACAAUUCACAUCCCAAAAUGAAAACUACAACCUAAAUUGUAAAGGAUGAGGCUGUUUCAUUGCUGCAUGGUGAUGUCACCUCCUUUUACUGUCACUUUUAGUAUUUCUGGAACUCAGAGCCCAGGGAAAGAACCUUAAAUGCUUAGUUCUGGGAAGUUUUGUAACCGUAGAGGAAAACCAUUCAUGUUCCUCUGCAUUAUUUAAAUAUUUGCAUUUGAAAACCAAGUGUUAAAAUGGGGUGGUGGGAGAAGGGAUGAAGGUAGGUGAGUCCAGAGGAAAAUGCAGUUUGGAAGUGAAAUCCAGACACUUUAUUGGGUGUUUGGCUGCUCCCUUUCAGCAUCUGUCUCUCACUGCACCUUAAGGACAGUGCAAUUACAAGGCUAAAUAACAACCAGAAGUGGCCAUGAACUGAUCAUUUGAGUUUCCCUUGGCAAAGGUGACUCUUCCUGGACUCUCUGCAUCAUCAAUGGCAAGUGUGAGAUACCUUCCAUAAGGGAAUGAAGUUCACAGAAUCAACAACCAAGGCUGGAGGUGACCUUCAAUGACAAACUUGGUCCAACAUUUCAUGAGACAGGGAGCCAGGAUGAGUUUAUCCCACAUCCUGUCCAGUCACCUCUUGAAAACCUCCCCUGACAGGGACCACACCACCCCUCUGGGGAGGUUCUUCCCAUGAAGAGCUGUUCUCACUCUAAAAACAAUUUCUUUCUUUCAAGAUGAUCCCUCUCCUGGUGCAGCUUGUCACCCUUGUAUUCUCCAUGUGGAUCCUUGUGGAAAAGAGAACCUUCACCCUCUUUCUGACCACUCUUUAUGAUGAGGUGGCCACUGAGGCUUCUUUUCUCCAGGGAAAAAUUCCUUCAACUCUUCUUCACUGCCCCCCUUGUCCAUCCCUCUGAUUAUCUUCAUGGUCCUCUUUGUGACCUUCUCCAGUCUGGCCACUUUUUUCUUGCAUUUUGAGGACCAGAAUGGGACACAAGAGAGAGUUUCUUGCACUCAUGCUAAAAACCUGGCUGUGAGACUCUGAUCCUCCUCAGCAGUGACAGAAGGAUUAGUUGCCAUAAUUUGCCUUGCCCAUGUAUUAUAAAAUUGUUUAUUUUCAUAAGAUUUUUAGGUCAAUAGUGAAUUAAAUUCUGCUUCUGAAUAGAAGGAUUGAUCCAGUGGUUGCAUAUGAAGGGACCUCUGGUCAGCUCAAAAAUUCAGGGUUUUUUUCAAAAGUCCCACAGACAAAAGAAACCAGUAAUUAAAAACAGGCAAAGCUAAAAUGAUCAAGAACAAAACAUAUUCACUCAAUAUGAAGGAAGCUCUUCAACUGCCAUUAUUUUCAUAAUAUUUUACUCCCAUUCCUAAACUGAUCACCUCUCCUUUUAAAAUUCAGCAUCUUUUUUUCACCUUCUCUUCCCACUGAAAAGUUACUGUAAAACAUUUUUAGCAGUUAAAAACUUUUAUCUGAACCUGGAGUUGAAAUAACUCCUGGCUCACUUAGAUUCCUUGUCACACUGAUCUUGCCUCCAGUUUCCUUCUCUUUUCCUGAGAUAUAAACAACAUUAUUUCAGAUGAAGUCUACAGUUUCUCUUUGAUCAUACAGCUGCAAGAUAAGACUAAAAAUAGUCAUGCUAUUAAGCUGCAUUUCUCUCAGCUCUAAUCCAAAUUUGGGCAGCAAAACCAGUGAAAAGAAUCAAAUACAGACAGACAUGGAACUUUUAAAAAUAGCAGGAAAAUUACCUGGAAGCAGGUAAUUUUAUUGUUCCUUUUUUAUUGUUCCUCUUUUAUUUCCUUUUCCAAGGGAGAAAAGGAAAUAAAAAAGGAACAAUAAAAAUGAAGAGAAAGAUUUCCAGUUCUUGAAAGUGUAUAAAUGAGAUUUGGAGGUUGAGCAAUUUUUGUUCAGCCAAACCUAAAAGGAAAAUAAUUCCAACAUUUUUGUUUUUUGGUUUUCAGUUAAAUCUUGCAAGGGAAGCUUUUCCAAUCAAAUGGAUGGGACACACAUUCAGUCAAAAUACUGCAGGAAAUCAGCAUUAAAAUAGGUUAAAAUACACUGAUUGUGUCAAUUUGGGAGGUUUCAGUGCUUUUGUCUGACAUUACUACUAAAUGUCUACUAAAUGUGGCCUGUGAACCAUACAAAUAUCCAACUUUACACUAUUUUUCCAGCUGAAUCCAGACAGAAAUUAGAUAUCAAAAUUUCAGAGUUAUAGCAAAAAAAAAAAAAAUUGUUCUUUAACAAACAGUAGCAACAAAAGAAAUGCAAACCCCAUGAAUUUAAUUGGCUUUAUUUGCCUUGGUAUUUGGACUUGGGUUUCAAGAGAGUUUCAGAAACAAUUGCCCAUGCCAGAAGUUUUCAGUCUGUGGAGGCUUCAGAGCCCAGAGAUGGUUCCUGAAGUGUCCAUGGAUGAUUAUUAAGGAAAUUAAGGAUGAUUAUUAAGGAAAUUGAAUUCAUUCUUUGUAUAGGAAUAGAUUCCUUAAGGCCAUUGAAGAGCUUUAAUCCUUUCUGUAUUUAUGCAAAGGCUCCCACAGAUCAAAAACCCAGAAAAUUCAAUAAAGUAAGAUUUUCCCCAUAAGAUUAUGUGAUUCCACAAUACCAGACCUUCUCUUUUGUUCUGAGAUCUUUCUCAGGUGGGCAAGGCUUCCAGAGCAAGGUGUGCUCAUAUUAUGAAUGUUGUUCUUCUGUGACCUCAGCAGAGCUGCCACAGCAUGGGGGGUCUAAAAGGUUGGUAAGAACAGGAUUGUGGACACCACAUGGGAUCCUGCCUGACAGGAUUAGUGUCUGCUGUAGCUCCUAAGUCAUAUCUGUGGAUAUCUAGGAAAUCACAGAGUGGCUUUCAGCCCAAAGUCAGACUUUACCAUCUCAGUUGAGGCAGUGCUCCUUGGGCUUUUUUUCUGCCACUGUGAAAAUGUACAAAAUGCAAAAAUACAACCAAAUAUCUGUUCUUAAGUAGUUUUCUUCCUUAGGGGUUGAAUGUCAAGGGCUGUAUUAGAUGUGCCUCUUUCAACAUCUGGCACAACUGGCAUGAGGUACUGUGGCUCAGAGCUAAACCUCUGGAAGAGAUCUUGAGCAGAAGGCUCAGGACACACCCACAUCACUUAGACACCAAAAGGGAAGAUUUCUUCCUUUAAUCUGGUUUCUCCACUUUGCCUUUUUGGUCACAAGAGAGAAAUGAGCAAUUUCAGAGGACAAGCAUCAAACAUUUUUGAUGUCUGCUCCAGGGUGAGAUGAUUCACACUUUGCAAGUGGCUGUUUCUCUCCUCCAGGACAUCUCCCUGACCAGAGUAGAGACAGAUGCUGACCCUGGGGAAGCCUCGAUAGAAAUGAAUUUUCCUGGGCAACUUUGCCCAGUCACUAUUGUUCUGUCUCAUGCAUGCUGAGAAAUUAUGGUCUUGAAAAGCUUUGAGCUGGCCCCUGUUGGGUAUUACCAACCAAAUUUGGGGGAGGUGCAUGCCUGGUAUGGAGUUAGGAGCUCUCAUGGAGAGUUUUCAGGAUGCUUUGUUCUCCCUGUCAGAUUGUGUCCACACAACCAGCACUUCUGUGUCCAGAAACAAACCAUAGUAACAGUGCACAUGUAGUAAAAAAAAAAAAAAAGAAAGGAAUUUACCCUCUGAUUUUUGCAGUCAGGCACAUGCAACCAGUUCAGAAUUGCAUUUAAGAACCAGGUAGGAGGAUCUGGAGGAUGCAGUAGCAGCUGAGGAUGCUCUGAUGUUGAUGAUGCUCCGUGUAUAUCUGUACUAAAGAGCUAAGUUCAGCUAAAUACACAUUGUACUUUGUGUAUGAAAACACACCAGCAGAGCUUGAACAAUGUUUUGAACCUCAUGGUCUUUCACCUUCUUAUGAUUCAAAUUGCAAUUUCCCAUUGGCUUUCUUUUGGGGAAUUCAUCCAUGUGAAGAAUUACUGUGUGAUAUGACACUGUGUGAUAUGACACUCUUCAGUGUCUGAAAUUACUUAGGCUUCUGCAUUUGCCUUUCCCAAUGGACUUUGUGCUUGCAGAGAAGUCUCAAGAGGCCUUUGUGUAUCAGUAUAAUCUGUAAAAAAAGCAAAUAUUUGGUGUGUUCAUUCUCUUUCCCUUCUACUUGUCAAUCUAGUGGCAAUGCAACCUGCUAUAGCUCUGAGAAGAACCAAGUCAUUGGAUGGAAAGCUGUAUUUUGGCUUUUGACUGUGUCAAGGUACAAAGUUACUGGCCUGUUUGGUCUAAUACUGACCUUUUUUGGUCAAAAUUGGUUUAACUGGUAAUGGGAUCUGGGGUUAUUCAGCUUUGUUAUGAGGUGGAAACACAGAUAUCAACUGCUGCUUUCUAACCUUUUUUGUGUUUUGAGAAAUUGUUUUUAACAUGUAUACUGCUGUAGAUGACACAAUAAAUGUAUUAUCAUUUUGUAAAAGUCUGUUCUGAUAUAAAAUUGCACCAAAGAGAA